AUGAACACAAAGACCACACCCCAGCCCGCCCCAGGUGGUCUAGGACGGGGCCUCUUCGCCUCAACAGACAUUGCCGUCGGCGAAGAAGUGCUACACAUUCCCGUCCCAUUCGUGGCAGUCCUAGACACGGAACACCUAGGAGAGACAUGUCAAGCAAAGAACUGGAAGCUGGGACACUCUCUUGAAUGCUCCAUCUACCAGAAUCUGAAGCCCCGCGUUCUGCCUAUCAACGCGCGAGCCGUGCUGCGCAUGGUCUUGCGCAGCGAACGCCAAAAGUACUCCAGCGAGGAGCUGGACCAGUUCCUCCAGCUUGGGACUCAUAUCAAGGACAUUCGCGACCAAAGUGCCUCGCAGUGGGAGCGUAUAUCUCUUUCCUCGAAGGCGAUCAAGGCCUACUCUGGCACGGAUAUGAGCGAAGAGGUCAUAUCUGCUAUGGGAGCUAAGCUCGACCUCAACUCCUUCAACCUCACCAACGCCGUCUAUGACCGCCUCGGCGUCUACCUGCACCCUUACGCCGCCAUCUUCAACCACAGCUGCGACCACAACGCCGCCGUCAGCUUCGACGGCCCCAACCUGCACAUCAAAGCCCUCCGACCCAUCCGGAAGGACGAGCAGAUAUUCAUCACUUACAUAGAUGUAACGGACCCCUAUCCUAUUCGCCAAGCUAACCUCCAAUCUCGAUACUACUUUACCUGCCACUGCUCGAAAUGCAGCCGAGAAGCAGCCUCAUCAACAGCAAUAACCCUACACCCAGCACAGCAAGAAGCCUACAACAUCCUCCAAUCCCUAUCAACCUUAGAGAACCCCAUCCAAACCCUCCUUCAAGCCCUCACCACCCUCCAAACCUUCUCCCUCCCCAAAACUACCCAACCCUCCAUCUCCCUCCACGACGAACUCAUCACCGCCCUCCUCGCCGAACAGAAAUACAAAUCUGCCUUCGCCCACGCCGCGGCCCGCUACCGUGCUGUCGAUCCGAUCGUGUACCCGCUCCAGGGCCAUCCGAUCCGGUUGCUGCAUGCGUGGGUGUUGGCUAGGUUGGCGAUCCAUUUGUCACAGGGCGUUGAGGUACAGCAUGCUGGUGGUAAUGAGGAAAUUGCCUUGGAGAAGUACGAGUUGAAUUUUAAUUUAAUUAUUUGGUCGGUGUUGGCGAAGUUGGUGGGGAUGGAAAGCACGGGGGGUAUGGGCCCUGGGUUUUGGAGGGAAGAGGGUUCUACUUCUAGGCAAACGAGGGAUAUGAAUGAAAAGUGA